UGUAAACCCGGUGACGAAUUCCUGGUAGUGGAGGACGAGUCCCACCCCGAUUGGAUGCUCGUGACUUCCCUGCAGACUCGCCAGAGUGGCUACCUGCCAAAGUUCUGUCUCGAGGUCAGUGCUAUUCUAAACCUCUCCUUUCAGGCCUCUCGAAAUUUAGCUGCUCCUUGCGUGAGCGGUGGCAGCGGUGGUGGUAUUGUGACCUGUAGCUAUGAUUUCCUACCAAAAUAA